CCUCGAGCUAAACUUACUCAGAACGAACCCAGUUUGCCAACAUGAAGUUCUUCAUCGCCGCCGUCCUGAUCGCCGCCUGCGUGGCCCUCGCCCAGAGCAGUGCCAUCUACUCCCCGCUGUCCUCCGUGUCCUCGUUGUCCUCCGUGCCGGUGGUCCGCUCCGUGCCCGUGGUGAACUCUGUUCCAGUGGUGCGCUCCGUACCGGUGGUGCGCUCUGUUCCAGUGGUGCGCUCUGUUCCAGUGGUGCGCUCUGUUCCAGUGGUGCGCAAUGUGCCGGUGGUGCGCAAUGUGCCGGUGGUGCAGUCCGUCCCAGUGGUGCCCUCCGUGGUGCGCGUGGGACACGCCUCCGUCUACGACGCUCCCCUGGUGCAGCCCUACGGAGGAUGGUUGAAGCAGAAGUAG